CACCCACGUGACAGGAGAUGUCGGAGAAUGGCAGCAAUAACAGCGGGCAGCUGAUGGUGAAGGCCCGCUUCAAUUUCAAGCAGAACAAUGAGGACGAGUUGUCGUUCACCAAAGGCGACGUCAUCAUCGUGACGCGGCAGGAAGAAGGUGGCUGGUGGGAGGGCAACCUCAACGGAAAGACGGGAUGGUUCCCCAGCAACUAUGUGCGCGAGGUCAAGGCCUGCGAAAAACCACUGUCUCCUAAAGGAGCUCAGCUGACCAAAAGCUACUACAGUGUGGUGAGUUUACAGCAUCAU